AUGUCGCCCUCGCCACCCAGACCAGCUGCAUUGAAACGCACUCGCGCGGGCAGCUCGCAGCCACAGCCACGCUUCUCGACCCCACGGCGUGGAGGACACCUGCAACCGAUACGCGACGAUGACUCCAUCAUGUCCGGCUCUGGCAUGGACGUGGAUGACAAUGCUUCGGACAUCUUCGAACGUGGGCCCAAGGCGGACGCGGUAUUCUCCAAGUCGAAGGAGAUGACCGUGACUCUCUAUGCUCAGCUACCUGCGGAAGUGAAGCAAGCUCUGAGAAAUGCAGACUUUCUCCAGGAAGGCUACACCGGAGACGUUGACCCCAUCACCGGCUUUGCCGUGGUAAUGUCCACGCAGACGUGCUUCGUUUGGAAGUAUAGCCAGGCCCUGACCGGUACUCCAACAUGCUACAUCUUCGACUGUUCAAUGCUGGUCGAAGUACCAAUGGCCACCCACUUCCACGCCCUGGUCCCGUACGGUUCACAACGAGAACCCGGUCUCAUAAUAACCAGCUGCGAUGGUCGCGUUCGAUUCUGGGACAGUAUAGGCAUGGGGCUCGCAGGGGGAGAGAACUUCUCUUUCUCCUCGUUAGGGCUCGCACCCGGAGAGCUGGUGACCACACUCAUGCGCGCGGAUCCGUUGACUUUCAUCGCAUCAACGUCCGCCGGUCGGCUCUUCCGUUUUACUGUAACUUCCUCGGGCGGAAGGUAUCACUUGUCCACACAAGCCUUCGGGAGGCCAUCCGGUGGUUCCUUGUCUUUAACUCGGCUACUUCCCGGCUUCUGGUCUACCCCCGAGUUGCAGCCGACAGCAGGAAACAUCAAUGCCGUUGCUGUUGCCAACUUGGCCCGGGGUGCUACUGGACGAAUUGUCUGGGCCUUGGUAGACACUCGCUUACAGCAAUGGAACAUGUCCGUUGAAGGCUGGGACGAGCUACUUGCGGAGGAAGACAUCAGCGAGCAGCUUCGCGUGGCUGUAUGGGAGCACUUCCAGACCGCCCCCAAAGAUGAAGUUGAGCUUGACCUGGAGCUUCUGGAUCUUAAACUGCAGGGUUCUCAUGAUAUGAUCAUGCUGGUGUCUUUCGCUGGAAGGGAAGACUAUUCGUCAGAGAGCGAGUCUCUGCCACGCCGUAUUUACGCCGUGAUCUCCUUAAAACAUCUUCCCGGCUCCUUCCAAGUACUGAAAGUACGACCGGUGCCGUAUCAAAGCACUUCCAGCUCAGGAGCGCCGAUUCAUCCACGACUACAAAUCUUGCUUCCUGAGCGAGUUCUCGCAGUUCAGUUCGGUGAUGCAGUUACCGUUUGCGCGCUAAUUAACGAGUACAUGGAUCGUCUAGAGCUCAAAUCAACAACAGACCGCACUCUUGGGGUUGGUGUUGCUCAGGAAGAUGGUUCAUUGCUCGUCCUCACCGCCUCGACGAUGAUGCGGGUAACGGUCGACAUGGAAGAAGUGGCACGUUUCGACCCUGUGACUGGUGCUGCCAGCUUGAUCAAGUCAACAAUGACGAAAGCAAUCUUGUAUGGAUCGUUGCCCGAGAAUCCGCUGUACUUCAGCUUUCCUCCAGAGAUUGACGAGGAUGCUCUAAUGACUGGUGCUGAACAGUUGAGCGCAGCUGUCCUUGAGUCAGAUACGGAGGUGGUGCGCGCACAUCACGACCUGAAUGUCCAGAUGACGACACGCAAAGAGCGUCUCAGCUUCCUCAUCAAGUUCAUUAAUGAUAACUCUGCCCUCGGCAAGAUGUCCCAAGCGAGUCGGCAAAAGUUGGCUGCAGACGCAGAAAAACUGUAUGCAGCUCACCAACUCUGGCUGCGGCACGGCGACAUGCUUCGAGGGAGCCAUAGUCAUGGCAUCUUGCACCAAGCUGUCUAUGUCUACAUGCAAGUUAUGGGCGAAGGUCACCAUGAAGACUGUCUGCGUGCUUUCCUACGGCUCCGCACCCGAAAUCUCGCUGGAUUGUUGCCCCAUGUCCUCGAACUGGUGCGCGAGAGUACUACAAACGUCCACAGCAAUUCGUCCGAAGCCCUUUCCCAAGGGAACAUGAUCACCCUGACCGUUUUACAAGGGGCACGAAGCUAUCGCGAGUACAACCUUGGCGUUUAUGGCAUCACUCUUCCAAUGAUAGAUGUUUGGACGAGUCAAGUGCAGAUCAUCGACAUCGUCAAUGAGCUUUUCACCGUGACCACGCAAUUUGUGGAAGCGCCAGCAAGCGAUCAGGAAUCAGCCAGUGCCAAGAAAGUGCCUCGGUCUCAAAUGCCUGAUCUUGCCGCAUGUCUCCUCAAGUGUUUCCAAGAGCGAUUGGAAUGCCUCCAGAGCGUCGCACUGCUUCGCGAUACUGCUCUUGAGAGAGAACGGUCGAAACUGUCAGACAGGUUUCGAGAACGACGACCUGACGUACUAGAAAUCCUUCGGAGGAAUGAUUUUGCCAAUGAAGCCUUCAAGCUCGCCGAAGAGUACCACGACUUCCGUAGUCUGGCAGCCCUUUGUCACAAAGGCAAGAUCUACCCCCCGCAAGAGAAUCCUAACGUCAACCGCAUCGAGGCUUACAUCGACAAGUUCAAGGAAGCUUUCACCGACGAACUGUAUCAGUGGUAUAUCGAACACGGGGAGCUUCGUGCGCUCUUUGCGCAGGAACACAUCGAGUACAUGGACCUGUUCUUUGCCGAGCACUCGUACCCUACCAUUUCGUGGAUCCAUGAUCUUGGAUGCGGUCAUUACGGCGCUGCGUCCAAGGCGCUGCAAUCCGAGGCGGAGCAUGCGUCCGAACUCGUCUCGAAGCACUUCAUGCUCAGUAUAGGCAAGUUGGCGCAUCUCGCGCAGCUACACGAGGGGCAACCCACUGUCAGCCAAGAGACAUUAGACGAGUUCCACGACGGACUUGACUUCGUCAGUGUACACGAGACAUUGAUCACCGACCUCAAAUCCGCUCUGGUCAAUAUUCGCGGACGGCAAUCACUCGAGCAGCAGAUUGAAUCCAUUGCCAAGGAGAAGGCAUCCAACCUGUCUACUCGCAAAGCCUUUUACAAUGUCUUCAAGUACCUGGUACGACUGUUGUUGCAGGGCAAGGCGCUCUCCAUCGAGGAUAUGGCCGAUGCCCUCGUUCUGAAAGACAACACAUAUCACGUUGAAGAUUAUGCGUCUGCAUUGCAGUUAUUGGCUCGAGCAGAGAACCUGCCAAGCGCUCGGCGAAUACACGCGUUCCAGAACGUCUGGCGCCGUAUUUUCAUUCAUGACGACUGGAAUUACAUCCGCCAGACUACUGGUGUCACCGACGCAGAGCUCAACGACCGUCUUCGGCGCACUGCGCUCUACGCCGCGCUCUUGUCCAUCGCGAGACGGCCUCGACAAGCUCAUCCCGAGGGCCACAAGCUCGCACCAUCACAGGUCUUGGACAUCGCGUCGCAAGAAGAGAUCGCCCUGCGGUGGCCAAGCAUGUCACCAGACGAGAUCACUUCCAUCGAAACGGACUACGGGCGAGAUUGCCGGAAACUGGAAGACUACAACCUCGAAGGUAUCUACCAGAGCAUGGAGCAGCUCGUUCAAAGCGACCUGAGUACUUAG